AUGCGACCAAAAAAUAUAAAAAGUAGACUAGUGGACGAGCUGUCAACGGCCAAGUUGGGAACAAAGCAAGGCUCGCUUCCAUCUUCGACCUCCCCUCCCAUAGAUCACAUCCUCGAACAAGAUAUCUAUCCAAGAACGUCUUUCACAUCGGAUACAACACCAUGGCUGAUGUCUCUGAUCCAACGAUUGCCGAAGCCGCGACUGACUGACCACUCUUUCCUCCUCACAGCUUACGAGGAAGUCCGCAAUGAUAAAACUGAAACGAACUGGUUACUGGUUGAUUACGAGUCCGAGCCGCCCACUCCCAUCCCAUCGCCACUCGCAACCCCCAAGCGCUCAUACACCCAUCUCGCUCAUCUUGAUCAGCUCUCUAUCAACCGUCUUUCAACAUGCACCAAGCCACAAUGUCAAGCAAAAGUUGUUGACCUCGUUCAGCACAAUGGCUCGACGGCGAAUUUCGAGACGGCUGGAGCUAAGGCGGUCAUGCUUCCCGCCUUGGGCGACACAUGGCACCCCGCACAAAAGACAUACAGAAUUCUAUUGUUCAGGAACCGUUUUGGGAAAAGGUUGGUAACUUUUAUCUCAGCUUUACUUCUACCCACUGUCCUAUCCAACAGGUUGCUUUGCUUGACCGGGUCUCCAUCGGUUCCAAAGAUUACUCCUUCAACAGAUGCAAUGAAGGAAUUUCAAAUAAACGAGCCCAGGCAACCACGAUCAAUGGCUAGGACCAAUCGUGACUCCAAAGAGUCAAUAGGCGGUCAACUAAACCUGCCCGGGACUGGACCAGCUAGCUGGGUGAGCUCCACUCUUAAUGGCAGUGUACCCAGUAUCGAGCGGAUACCACCAGCUCUCCGUAGCAGGUAUCAGGCAGAAAGGUCACAGAUAGCCGUCUUAAUCGUGUAUCCGUACGUGUAA